AUGCUCGAGAUGAGGACCGAAUUCUUUGGCAGGAGCUGGUCGGCCCCAGAACUGAGACGCAAGUCCUUCCUCGACCUACAUACCCUGUGGUACGUCCUUGUUCGGGAACGGAACGUCCUCCACACCCAGCUAGAAGAGUGGAAGAAAGUGGGCGGAAAGCCGGAACAUUUUGCUAACAUCCAUAAGCUGAACAACCGCGUGAGUGCUCGCUUUGCCGUCUUUCUCCUUCCACUCUCUUGA